UCUUCCGCUAAUUAACAACUCCGAGUCACUGAUCCAACCAGACUCACCCCAAUGGCAGAAUUGGAACAGCUCAUUCUCUCUGGGCAGCUCUUCGGAAAUGCGGAGCGAUCUAGCUCCCCUGUGCGAACUCCCUCUCCUGAUACCGGAUGGCACGACGACGAGCUCAAUCUCUCAGACGCCGAGAAGGACUAUGAUUCCGAUACAGCACGCCGUGCCGCUUUCGACAAACAACUGAAAGACCAGGAACGACAACAGGAAUCGAUUGGUAUGGGACCGGGGCGUACGGGCGUCAAGGGCGUCAUCAGGGAUCGUGAUGAGGCCGAAGAGCUUGAACGCCAGAAGCGCGCACGCGAGCUCAACGCGAUCGGUCAACGGAUGGAGAGGACUAAUCUGGGUGGAAAGACAUACCUUGAGGAGGAGCGCGAAAAAGGCGAUGAUGCGGAUGAGUUGGUUCUCAAGGAACGUCAACGGACGGAAGACCGGAAGAAUGUGUUCGGUCAGGCGAGGCAAGGGAAAUUCGGACAUCUACGAGAGGUUGGAGUCAAAGGCUUCCUCCCCGCCGUCGAAGGCGAAUCUAGGGGUACUUGGGUGGUCGUCCACCUGUAUGAUCCCUCUCUUGAUCGAUGUUACAUGCUCGAUGACACCCUAGCCCGUCUGGCUCGUGCCUAUGCAGACACGAAAUUUCUCCGAGCUCGGGCUUCGGCUCUAGGAUUUGCCUCGACUUCCUCUUCAUCUCGGUCAAAGGCACCGGUGCAUCGUCCUGUGCGCUCUCAAGUUUCAACCGACGACGACUUCGACGAAAAAGAUGAUGAUGAAGACUACGACGACAAUGCGGAGGAUGUCUACGAGGAUGAUGACGUUGACGUCGAUGUGCUCCCGACGAUGCUAGUGUAUCGGGACGGGGAACUCGUGCACAACUGGGUCAGAGUCGACUGGGAAGCUGGAACAGCCGGUAUUGAGGAUCUGCUGGACCGACACCACAUCUUACCGCAGAGCUCAAUCAACUCGCGGAACUUGGGUCUGCCCAGUGACGACGAGGAUGAUUUGAUCUGGAGUGACGACGAAAAUGGACUGGUCUGAUUCAUGUUCCUCUUACUAGACUAUUCAUACAUUCAUGUUUGCAACGGCCAAUCUUCGAAAGCCCCCUGUCCGAAGCGGAAAAAGCCUACACUUCCUGAAUCAACUACCGCAACAACAACUGUCUUUUUCCAGCCUUCAUGACCAUAAACGGAUGCGCCCGUCUUGGAGCAGGAGUGACUUCCACAGUCGAAGGUCUCAACCAUCCCCAGAGCCGCUGAAAGAGGGUCGUUUCAGGGACAGUUUCCUGUGGUGGUUUCGAAGGGAUUCUGUUUUGAGGAUUGCGCUGCCUAGGCACAGGCGGUGGCAAUUCUGGAGAAACAUCGAACAGGUCGGUCAGUUCUUUCAGCGAAGGCAUCGGUGUUUUUCGAGCACUUGAGAAGAAUCAGUCU